AUGAAGUUUGCUGUCUUUUUCAUCAUUUUCUCAAUUUUAUUUUGUCUUUUUGCAAUUGCUGAGCCACAAAGAACGGCUAGAACAACUAAGAUUCAAAGAUUGACUGUUAAGCCGAAGGAAAAAGUAACCAAUAAUCGACUUGCUGGAAUUGUUUGCUACUACGUUAAGAAUGGAAAAUGGCCAUCAUAUCCACAAAAUUGGAGAAGAUACGUUGCAAACUACGCAAGGAGAAUUUUCGCUCUGUCAGAUCAAAAAAUAAGAAAGUUUUGUCGACAAGUUUUUCAAGCAGCUUAUUUUAAUUGGGAUAUUGCAAUUCAACCACCACGUAAUGUUCCGCAGCGCAGACGAACAAGAACAACAUUAAGGAAUAGACCAACUAUUCGAAAAAGACCUCCAUAUCAAACAAGAACAGCAUCUCCAGCCUUUACAACUUCUUUCUUCACGGUUCCUUUUGAAUUCACAACAUCUACUCCAACUUUUCUGUCUCCGACUUUACCAUUUCGCGACUUUAUUUCGACAUUGUCUACUCCAAUACCAACUACUUCUUCGACACAAUCAACAUCUACUUUCACAGUUCCAACGACUUCAAAUGUUUCAACGCCAUCAACAACUACUCGUGCCAUAAUUGGUUUUCCAGCUUUUGGACUACCUACUUCUACAGUUUCGUCUACAACCUCAACACAAUCUACAUCACAAAGCAUUCCAAUAGCUCGAAUCAUCCCUACAAUUGCAUCUACUAGCACCCUAUCAUCAACUUUAGGAACCACGUCAACGACUAAGCUAUCUACCACGACAACUGUCGCUCCAGCGGCUUCAGCAUCAGGUUCAGCCUCAUACUCAGGAUCUUACUCUGGAUCCUACUCAGGCUCAUAUUCAGGUUCUUAUUCUGGAAGUUAUUCAGGCUCAGCAGCAGGGCUGACAGGAGGUGGACUCCAAUCAAAGUUAUUACAAUUUCCUAAUGACAGUGGAAUGAGAAGCUUUAGAAAGGCGAAGAAUGGGGAUAUAAUCGUUAAAUGGGUGCCAGGUCGCAUUAAAUUAAGACAAAUUGAUUUUUAA